GCUGCACCUCCGACGACCCACCGCUACGCCCUCACACCUCGACUUUACACAUCUCUGGAAUCGCCCAAGCACGCCUGCCAAGUCUCUCAGUAUGAAUCGCGGUGGCCGUGGUGGAGGAAAAGUCCUCCUCCCCCCUAUCAACUUCAUCUUCAAGCUUCUGCAGUCGCGCGCCACGGUUUCAGUAUGGCUGUACGAAAACCUCGGUCUGCGCAUUGAGGGCAAGCUCAGGGGCUUUGAUGAGUUCAUGAACCUUGUUAUCGACGACGCCGAGGAAGUCACAACCGCGAAGAAGGACGGCACACCAGAAGAGAGACGCAAGAUCGGCCAGAUCCUGCUCAAGGGCGACAACAUCUCGCUCAUCCAGCAAAUCCAAUGAUCUUGAACGCCAGAACAGGCUACGAGGCCUCUCGAUUCGCACUUUUGAUUGUACAGGAAGAAGGCCGAG